GAAAAUGUUUGGAGAGGAAAAAAAGUGUUGGUGUAAGUGAGCAAGAGAGACGGAGAGAGGAAGGGGAGGAGGAGAAGGGGAUCUGGCUGCGUCGCACCCGUGCGUAAAUGUGAGCAUCCUCGCCGCGCUCCCCUCCGUCCCCGCGUCCGCGUCCCUCCAGCCUCCAGCGGCGCCGCUCACCUUCUCGCAUCCGGGAUCACCUGCUCGGUGGUCGGUGGCCAGCUUUGGACCGUGGAGUCCCGGCUGUCUCGGCUCGGCGCCCUCCUGCAGGGGUUGGGAGGAGCGCCGGGGACUUCGUCCAGGUUCCUGCCCGGCUUCGUGUCCACGGCCGGUGAGAGCCAUGGCUCGGAGCGCCGCGAGCGACGCGGGUCCACGCGCUCUCGGAUGCCGGUGAUGCGGGGGCUCAUUGCGCCGCAGAACACCUUCUUGGACACCAUCGCCACUCGCUUCGAUGGGACUCACAGUAACUUCGUCCUAGGCAACGCGCAGGUCCAGUCCGUCCACCCCAUUGUCUACUGCUCUGAUGGCUUCUGUGAGCUGACCGGCUUUGGCCGCGGCGAGCUGAUGCAGAAGAGCUGCAUGUGUCACUUCCUGUACGGCAGCGAGACCAGCGAGCGGCUCACGGCGCAGAUGCAGAAGGCUCUGGAUGAACGGAGAGAGUUCAAGACCGAGAUCGUUCUGUACAAAAAGAGCGGCUCUAAAUUCUGGUGUUUGCUGGACAUUGUGCCCAUAAAGAACGAGAAGAGCGAGGUGGUUCUGUUCCUGGUCUCACACAAGGACAUUACUGCAAAUAAGGACCUGGACCAUGGCAACGAGUCUGACACGGAUGAGGAAACCGGUCUGGAGAUCCACCAGAUCACUCGCCCUCCCGGCUUCAACGUGGAGCGGCGGCGCAGUCGUGCUGUCCUCUACCAGCUGUCUGGACACCUACAGAAGCAGGACAAGACCAAAAGCAAGCUCAAGAUCAACAAUAAUGUUCUCGGAGCCAACGCCAACCCGGUCCCAGAGUACAAGGUGGCAGACAUCCAGAAGUCCUGCUUCAUCCUCCUCCACUACGGCGCGUUCAAAGCCGGCUGGGAUUGGCUGAUCCUCCUGGCCACCUUCUACGUCGCUGUCACCGUUCCCUACAACGUCUGCUUCACAGCCGUGGAGAUCCGCGAGGACGGCGGCUCGGCGGCGCGGAACCCCCCCAGUGUCAGUGAUAUUCUGGUGGAGAUCCUCUUCAUCAUUGACAUCGUGCUCAACUUUCGAACCACCUACGUGAGCACGUCUGGUCAGGUCGUGUACGACGCCCGCUCCAUCUGCAUCCACUACGUCACAUCCUGGCUGUUUGUGGAUCUGAUCGCUGCCCUGCCCUUUGACCUGCUGUAUGCCUUUAAUAUCAGCGUGAACUUUGGGGUUCACCUGCUGAAGACCGUUCGCCUUCUGCGUCUUUUGCGCCUCCUGCAGAAGCUGGAUCGUUACUCCCAGUACAGCGCCGUGGUUCUUACCCUGCUGAUGUCCACGUUCGCCCUGCUGGCCCACUGGAUGGCCUGUGUCUGGUACUUCAUCGGACGCAGCGAGAUAGAAAGCAACAGUCCGGCCUCCUGGGAUAUAGGCUGGCUCCACGAACUGGCCAAACGCUUAGGAACGCCAUACUUUCUGGCGCCGCUAAGCUCCCUGUUGGGCAUCUCUGAUUCGCCUCAGGGCGCUGUGACGGCAGCACUGACCAAUUACAGCCAGUUCAACGGAUCGGGGUUGCAGCCGCUGAAUGGGGCGGGUCUGCUGGGGUCCGGCCAAUGGAACAGCAGCAGGACGAGGGUGAGGACACCGAACGGGUCGGGGAUGACGCUAGGCGGCGGGCCGUCUGUCAGGAGCUCCUACGUGACGUCACUGUACUUCGCUCUUAGCAGUCUGACCAGCGUGGGCUUCGGCAAUGUCUCAGCCAACACGGACUCUGAGAAGAUCUUCUCCAUCUGCACCAUGCUCAUCGGAGCGCUCAUGCAUGCUGUGGUGUUUGGUAACGUCACCGCCAUCAUCCAGAGGAUGUACUCCCGCCGCUCCCUCUACCACACGCGCACCAAAGACCUGAAGGACUUUAUUCGCGUGCAUCGGCUUCCCAAGGCUCUGGAGCAACGCAUGAUGGAGUGUUUUCAGACAACCUGGUCCGUCAACAAUGGCAUUGACGUCAGUGAGCUGCUCAAGGAGUUUCCCGACGAACUGAGGGCUGACAUCGCCAUGCAUCUGAACAAAGAGCUGCUGCAGCUGCCGCUCUUUGAGUCAGCCAGCAGGGGGUGUCUGCGUUCCCUUUCCCUGAUCAUUAAGACAUCCUUCUGCGCUCCAGGGGAGUUCCUCAUUCGCCAAGGAGACGCGCUCCAGGCGAUCUACUUCGUGUGCUCAGGCUCCAUGGAAGUACUGAAGGACAACACUGUGUUGGCCAUUCUGGGUAGGGGCGACCUGAUAGGUUCUGACUGUCUGACCAAGGAGGAAGUGAUUAAGACAAACGCUUGUGUGAAGGCCCUGACCUACUGUGACCUGCAGUAUAUCAGUCUCAAAGGCCUUCGGGAAGUGCUCUGCCUUUAUCCAGACUACGCUCAGAAGUUCAUCACUGAGAUCCAGCACGAUUUGACCUACAACCUUCGAGAAGGACACGACACUGAGGAAGACUGCGAGAGCAACGGUGGGAUCGUGAAGAAGCUCCCCUCGAUUAAGGAGGAUGAGGAGGGCUCAGGGUCAGAGGGGGAGAACUCUCCUCACCCCAAGCUGCAGGCGGUGGGCAGGCUGGGCCGGGGCCUGCGCUCCCCCAUGCGCUCGCCCCUGCGCUCCCCGCUGCUGCCGCCGCGGCCCUUCCGGCCCAGCAGCGACCACGGCCGGCCCUCCAGCCUGCAGAUCCCUGUGGUGAGCUUCAGCUGCCUGCAGCCGGAGCUCAGCCCGCGAUUUGUGGAUGGAAUUGAGACAGAAAACCAAAGCAGUUCAGCUCAGAGGUUUGACUUUUCUCCCACUGCGACUGCGAGUCUCCUCCCCAGCCCUGAUGUGGCAGCUUCAGAGGCCCGUGAUGAUGAGGGGGACACCAUGCAGACUAUCAGCAAGCUCAAACACGAGAUGAGCGUGCUUUCGCGUCAGGUGACCGCCGUGAGCCAGGAGCUGCAGGCUCUGACGCAGCUCCUCAAGCCGCUGUUCCGCAACCCGUCCGUGCUGCUGAUACAAAGCGCUGCGCCGCCGCCUCCCAGCGUCUCCUCACACAGCUGCUCUCCGGCUCCGCCCCCCUUCACCCACAACGCAUCUGUGGACUGUUCACACAAUCAGAAUCCUCAACAGCCGCCCUCUCCUCCGCUGAAUGUGCAGGUGCUACGAGGAGAGUUUGAUCCACUUCGGUGCUCGUCUCAUCAGCCUCCAGUUUCCCAUCAGACCGGCGCAGCACCGUCGGCCUCCUACUGCUCGGCUCCCCCUUCACUCAACAGCUCUCCCCACGAGCACACAGUGGUGCCACAGCCCUGCUCCUCCUCCACCCCCUCUCUGUCGUCCUCAGCCCCUCCCGUCUUAGUGGACCUGUCGGAGCCUUCAGGAGCCCCACAGACACAGCCUGAGCCCAGUCUCCCACACCAGUACCAGUCAGAGGCCCGGCUGCACUUCCAGCCCGACUGGCACCUCACAGCACGGCCUCCUCCCCAGCCUCCCCUCCAGGCCUCCCACACGGCGCCACGCCCCCAGGAGCCUCUCCUGGACCUUCAGGAGGAGGAGUGGGGCCCGCACAGCACCCAGCUCUGCUUCAUCGACGAGGGGCAGCAGUCAGUGUGAACCCGCAUGCCGCACAUUGUACUGCAUGAACGUUGGCCCAAGGUUUGGCAUGUGAGUUACAACGUAAAUACAUUAAUCUGAAACUGUUCUGAGUGUGAGCACCAGAUGUCAGCAGAUGUGAUAAUAAAACACACUGUUUUACGGCUGCA